GCAGCGGGGAACCUAGAUCUGCAACGAUAGAUCACGAGUCAUGUGUACUUUAAGAGACGUUAAUGUGACGAGGAGGAAGAGGAGGAAAGAGAAGCUCCAUGUGUUGUUGCUGAGCCUCAUGAGACCAACUGUGAUUUGUGAAUGUGGGCCACACAAAUAAAGAUUCAUUCAGUUCUCUCUCGUAACUCGGUGGACGUGAAGAGAUGAAACACGGGGAUCCCUGGAAUAUGUUCGUGGGAUCCUUGGCUGACGCAGUCUUUAACCUGAAACCAGGUUCCACCUGAAACCAGUUCUGUGGAUGAUCUUGAAAAAAACAAUGCGACCCUUGCACUUUAUCAGCUCAGGCAUGACACCAGGAAGUGGGAGCUGAUGCUGAGAAACAACUGGAGUUUCCCCCCCUGGGUGUGGAAACUGGACGAGUGGGAGGAGGAGUGACACGGGAAUGGAUGUGGACAAGAGACAAUGAGACGCAGAAGGUUCGGACUGAGGACGCUGUGACUAUCAGCUCCGCCAUGGAGAGCAUCCUCUACCAUGGAGACGACCACAACUGCACGUGUGUGGACCGACUGAUGAAACGUUAUUUCCUGCCCAUCUCCUACUCUCUCAUCUUCAUCGUGGGCCUGGUGGGAAACGUGACCUCCAUCGGCGUCUACCUGACGAAGCUGCGACCCUGGAAGAGCAGCAGCAUCAUCAUGGUCAACCUCGCGCUGACCGACCUCCUCUACGUCCUCAGCAUGCCCUUCCUGGUCUACUACUACAGCAACGGGGACUCGUGGACGCUCGGCGACUUCAUGUGUCGCUUUGUGCGUUUCGGGUUUCACUUCAACUUGUACGGAAGCAUCCUCUUCCUCACGUGUCACGCAGUCUUCCGCUACUUGGUGGUGACGAGGCCUUUGAUGGCCGCACGGGUGCAGGAGACGUUUUGGGGGAUCGUUGCGUGUUUGUCUGUCUGGAUCGUCACCACCGUUGAGAUAACUCCCAUGUUGUCGAUAAUAAUGUUACAAGAACACGACAACAAGACGUACUGUUUGGACUUUGCGAGCUUCAUCAGUGCUAGCACUGAUGACAAGCGCUGGUAUAGCUGGCUGCUCACUACACUCGGGUUUCUACUCCCCCUAGUGGUGGUGUUCAUCUGUUACAUCGGUAUCGUGCGAAAGCUCGCAGAAGGGCCCGGCAUGAGCACUUCCUGUCGGAUGCGAGCGCGUCGCGUGACCGUACUGAUCCUGGUGGUGUUCGUUAUGUGUUUUCUGCCGUAUCACAUCUUGCGCGAGUUGCGAAUAGAAACCCGAGGUAUGCAAGAGACACCGUGCAUGGUGGAGCGGGUCGUCCACGCCGCCUACAUCAUCUCCAGGCCUCUGGCUGGACUCAACACGUGUUUCAACCUGGCUCUGUACACUCUCUCAGGUGACAAGUUCAAGGGAGCUUUCCUCAGCGUGUUUCACUGGAAGCGUUGGCUGACCAAGGCCUUCGUCAGCAAAGCAAGCGCUGACAGAGUUGCUGAGUGAGAAACUGUCCAACUCCUGCAUUCACUGCUUUCAGACAUGCACCGCACCCCGGAGAUCUUCAGGAGUUUCGGAUUUCCUGCGGACUUUAUACCAGGAGCCAGAUGGAGAAAGUCCGCAGGAAGUCCGAUGUGAGAACACAGCAGGAGAUCCUCCGCAGGCGUUGAUGAAGCAACAGAUUCAAAUAUGACAAAAAGAAAACGAUGAAAAAGUAGCGUCGUACACGUAGAAGACAAAAAAACAUGAUUUUCCGCAGCAGAAUUAAUACGUUACAUCUUAGGCUCUGGAGAUUUCUGUGUUAGUGUGAACUUGUUCGAGCGGAGAAUCUCCGGCUGCGUUGUUCAUGUGUGAAAGACAAACUCUGAAUCUGCUGAGGUCAUGUCUGAAUACAGCUUCAGUGGACAGGAUGGGAUCACAGAUUGUAAAUAAACUGAUAUUAGUUUCAGG